CCGCGGCCCCGGCUCCUCUCGCCGCCGCUCCCGGACCUGCCGCCCGGACCGGCCCCGCUACCUGCCCGGCCGCGGGAGGAGCCACUUCCCCCACCCCAGGAGGAUGGAGAUCCUGCAGCUCCUGCGCCUGCUCCUCACCACCGCCAUGCUGGGCCUCUCCCAGACAGUGAACCCCUUUGUGGCCCAGCAGACCCCCCCAGACCCUUGCUACGACGAGAGCGGUGCUCCUCGCCGCUGCAUCCCCGAAUUUGUCAAUGCUGCCUUCGGGAAGGAGGUCCAAGCCUCCAGCACGUGUGGGAAGCCCCCGACACGGCACUGCAACGCCUCAGACCCCCGCCGAGCCCACCCACCCGCCUACCUGACCGACCUCAACACCGCCUCCAACAUGACGUGUUGGCGCUCAGAGACCCUCCACCACUCGCCCCAGAACGUCACCCUCACCCUCUCCCUCGGCAAGAAGUUUGAGGUGGUCUACGUCAGCCUCCAGUUCUGCUCGCCCCGGCCCGAGUCCACCGCCAUCCUCAAGUCCAUGGACUACGGCAAGACCUGGGUGCCGUACCAGUACUACUCCUCCCAGUGCCGCAAGAUCUACGGCAAGCCCAGCAAAGCCACCGUCACCAAGCAGAACGAGCAGGAGGCCCUGUGCACCGACGGCCUCACCGACCUGUACCCGCUCACCGGCGGGCUCAUCGCCUUCAGCACCCUCGACGGGCGACCCUCCGCCCAGGACUUCGACAGCAGCCCCGUGCUCCAGGACUGGGUGACGGCCACCGACAUCCGCGUGGUCUUCAGCCGCCCGCACCUCUUCCGCGACCUGGGCAGCCGGGAUGCCGGGGAGGAGGAGGGCGGGGGCGCCGGCUCGACCCCUUACUACUACGCGGUGGGGGAGCUGCAGGUGGGCGGGCGCUGCAAGUGCAACGGGCACGCGGCGCGCUGCGUGAAGGACAAGGAGCAGAAGCUGGUGUGCGACUGCAAGCACAACACGGAGGGCCCCGAGUGCGACCGCUGCAAGCCCUUCCACUACGACCGGCCCUGGCAGCGUGCCAGCGCCCGCGAGGCCAACGAGUGUCUGGCCUGCAACUGCAACCUGCACGCCCGGCGCUGCCGCUUCAACAUGGAGCUGUACAAGCUGUCGGGGCGCAAGAGCGGCGGCGUCUGCCUCAACUGCCGGCACAACACGGCGGGGAGGCACUGCCACUACUGCAAGGAGGGCUUCUACCGAGACCUCAGCAAGUCCAUCACCGACCGCAAGGCCUGCAAAGCCUGUGACUGCCACCCCGUUGGUGCAGCCGGCAAGACCUGCAACCAGACCACGGGGCAGUGCCCGUGCAAGGACGGCGUGACCGGCCUCACCUGCAACCGCUGUGCCAAGGGCUACCAGCAGAGCCGCUCGCCCGUGGCCCCCUGCAUCAAGAUCCCUGCCAUCAACCCCACCUCCCUAGUCACCAGCACAGAGGCACCUGCAGACUGUGACUCCUACUGCAAGCCAGCCAAGGGCAACUACAAGAUUAACAUGAAGAAGUACUGCAAGAAGGACUAUGUGGUCCAGGUGAACAUCCUAGAAAUGGAGACGGUGGCCAACUGGGCCAAGUUCACCAUCAACAUCCUCUCUGUCUACAAGUGCCGCGACGAGCGGGUCAAGCGCGGCGACAACUUCUUGUGGAUUCACCUGAAAGACCUGUCCUGCAAGUGCCCCAAGAUCCAGAUUAGCAAGAAGUACUUGGUCAUGGGGAUCAGUGAAAACUCCACUGACCGGCCUGGACUGAUGGCCGACAAGAACAGCCUGGUCAUCCAGUGGCGGGACGCCUGGACACGCCGCCUUCGGAAACUGCAGCGGCGGGAGAAGAAGGGGAAGUGUGUGAAGCCCUGAGGUGUUUCCACCCAUCCUGUCCCCACCCCGUGCUCAGCCCCAGCCUGGCUGGGCACUGUCAGACUGCACCCACAGACUCUGUACAUAUAUAUAGUGUGAACGGACUCUCUGUCUAUAGUGUA